AUGCUCAGGGCUUCAUUGUUUAAGGGUCUUUGUUGCUCUUUGGCCCCUCUCUCAGCAAAAAUGAGCGACAAAAGACUAAUUUGGAGCGGUGCCCUGGCUGAAAAAGUGGCUGUUAUCACUGGAUCCACAAAAGGGAUCGGCUUUGCUAUUGCCAGGCGUCUGGCCCAGGAUGGGGCCCACGUGGUAAUUAGCAGCCGGAAGCAGCAAAACGUGAACCAGGCAGUGGCGACACUGCAGAGAGAGGGGCUGAGUGUGACGGGCACCGUGUGCCAUGUGGGGAAGGCGGAGGACCGGGAGCAGCUGGUGUCCAAGGCUCUGGAGCACAGCGGAGGUGUGGACUUCCUGGUGUGUAAUGCUGCAGUCAACCCCCUGGUGGGGAGCAUCCUGGGGACCAGUGAGCAGAUAUGGGACAAGAUCCUGGAUGUCAAUGUGAAGUCCCCAGCUCUGCUGCUGAGCCAGAUGCUGCCCCACAUGGAGAAGAGAGGGAAGGGUGCUGUCAUCUUGGUCUCCUCCGUUGCAGCUUAUUUGCCACUUGUGGAGUUGGGUGUCUACAACGUCAGUAAGACAGCCCUGCUGAGCCUCACCAGGGUGCUGGCCAUGGAGCUGGCUCCUAAGGGCAUCCGGGUGAACAGCCUGGUUCCGGGAAUAAUAGAGACUGACUUCAGCAAAGUGGUGAGCACUUGGAAGCAGAGUCUAAGAUCGCUGACACUGUGUUCUGUGCUCCUUCCAUCCAGGUUCGGGCAGCCUGAGGAUUGUGCAGGACUCGCGUCCUUCCUAUGCUCUCCAGAUGCCAGCUACAUCACUGGCGAGAACAUUGUGGUGGCUGGCUUCUCGCCUCGUCUGUGA